AUGUGGGAUUCAGACGGUUACGAGUCUGACGGUACCUGGGCGCGUCUCCCUGAGGAGGAAAGACCACAAUUUCCGGCGCUCCAAAGGGCGUGCUUCGAGGGGCGGGCCGAUGUUGUGCGCCAGUUGCUGGCCGCGGGCGCCGACCCCGAGAGCCCAGACGAGCGUGGCAUGCCAGUGCUUUUCGAGGCGUGCGGAUUCAGUGGUGUGGACACCGGCAGAGAAGACUAUGUCGGUGUUGUCGAGGCUCUUCUUGAGGCGGGUGCUGACGCGACUGUGGCCAACGAGUACGGCAACACGCCGUUGCAUUAUUUGACACUUCAUCGCUAUGCAGCAGACAGAAUCGCGAUAUUGCUUCUUAAUGCGGGCGCGCGCCCCACGAAAAACUGCCAUGGAAGGUCGCCUCUUAAGGAUCCUGACCCUCGAGGUCCCGCAGAGUGCUGGUAUAGGGAGCCGGGAAUUUGUGGAUUCAAGGCCGCUCGUCGCGUCGCGCCGAUUUUACUACGCGCCGGCGCCGACAUGAGCUACCUGAAGCCACCUUUCCACAACCCCUACCUCCAGAAGAUCCACGACACGCCGGGCGGGUUCAAGGCUCACGAGAAGCAGCACGCCGACGCGCUCGUCGCGAUCUUCGUCCCCAAGCUAGGCCUCCCACCGGAGAUGGUCCGCCACAUCGUCUUCUUCUGGGCGCACGUGGGCUUCUAUUAA